GGGAAUAAAUUUUAAUGAGAGUUCGGUCUAUAAAAGCUUCUGCCCGACGUUGUUACGAUUAACUUUCCACGAGUACCUACAGCAACAUGAAGUUCGCUAUCCUCUUCUGCAUUGUCGCCUUCGCUUGCGCCGCUUAUGCGCAGACGGACGUGGAGGCCUCCGACAAGGCGCGCAGCGCCUUCGUCGAGAACGCCAAGGCCAAGCUCGAGGCAGCCAAGAAGAAGAUCGACGAACUGAUCGAGAAGGCCUCGAGCGUCCUGAAGGAGAAGAUCGGCCAGGCCAAAGAGAAGGCAGAGGAGCUGACCGAGAAGCUGAAGAAUGGAGCUAGCAAAGUCAGCGACAAAGUCUACGAGUCCAUCAAGAAGGUCCUGGAUACCUUCAACGGCAAUGUUGAGAAGCUGGAGCGGUACGCCAGAUCCGAGGGUAUUGACAUCAGCGAGUGCACCGCCAUGACACAGACCAUUCGCAAGGCCGCCUCCGCCAUCAUCUCCAACACCAGUGACUGCCUCGACGACAAGCUCGAUAAGGGCCAAGUCCUGCUCAUCGAUAUGUCCUCUAAGUACGAGAAGGCCCUGUUCGAUAUUGUGGACAUCAAGGAUAACGCCUCCGAGUGCCUGCAGAACAUCGACGGCAUCAAGGCUGCAGCCAGUGCUGCCGGCUGCGUCACCGUCGCUGGAGCCAAGGCCUACUGGGCGCUGGUCAAGAUGGUUCCGGGAGUCGCCCUCGACGUCACCAAGAUCACCUACCUCAUAUCCACACUACCGCCGUCCAUGGCCUUCUGCAUGUCCAAGAACUCCAUCGUGACCUUCUACCAGCAGUCCAACCAGGUCUUCAGUAGCAUCAAGAAAUGCGUCAACGAGAAGUUCACCGAGGCUAAGGAGCAGAUCCCCGAGCUUCCCGAGUUCGUCUCCGAGCUUCCCGAGGUCGAGUUCCCCGAAUUCCCCCACCAGACCACAGAGGUACCCGAAUUCCCCCACCAGACCACAGAGGUACCCGAAUUCCCCCACCAGACCACAGAGGUACCCGAAUUCCCCCACCAGACCACAGAGGUACCCGAAUUCCCCCACCAGACCACAGAGGUACCCGAAUUCCCCCACCAGACCACAGAGGUACCCGAAUUCCCCGAGGUUCCCGAGUUUGAGAAGGUCCUGGACUAGACGAGCACUCUCAACUCUCUUUCGAUGAUUUUUCAAUUGUUUUUCUAUAUAAAAAGUUAUCAGUAAA